AUGACUGAUAGCCAUCAGGAUAUCGCCAGGACUAGGUAUAGACAGUUUUUCUCGUCGGAUCUCUUCGGAGCUGUAGCAGUCGAGGACAAGUCUAAGAACCCCUCUCUGAACAGUAUGCAGGAGGAGGAGAAGUGGAUAUCCAAAGACAGAGUUCAUUCAGGGAGGCCCGCCGAUCAGACUACAGCACAGCUUUUUGGUGAAUAUAAAGAGACCAAUAUACCCCCACGAAAGAGUGAACUCCCGGAGUUCGUGUGA